CAACCAGUGACCGCAAUGUCUCCCUCAUGGCUCUCUACCGCCGCUUCCAUUGGCAUGGCUGUCGGUCCUCCUUUGGUCUACGCAGACCAGGCAGUUUCAAUCGUCCGUAGACAGGACGCAACCGGAUUUUCUCGUGACGUUUGCGCGAUUCUGUUGUUGGCCAACAUCACACGAUGCUUCUUCUGGCUGGGAAAUCAUUUCGAGCUCGCCCUUCUUUUACAAUCCGUCCUCAUGAUAUUGGCCCAGCUCGCCCUGCUUUACAUAUGCAUCCGCUAUCGUCCUACAAUCAGCCCAGAGAAUUUGGGCACGUCCAUCAGGCCAUUCUCAUUCUGGCAAUGGUCAACGUAUACUCAAUACAUCGAGUUCCUCGCUGGUUUCAUUUUACUAGAGGCCAUUUUAUUUUUGAUCUUGGGGCGCUCUGAUGUCUUCGUUUCACUAUUAGGUUUCGUUGCAUUGGGACUUGAGAGUACUCUACCUAUACCUCAACUGAUCAGUAAUUUCAAACAACGAUCGUUGUAUGGCUUCCGUAUGUCAACCUUAAUUGGGUGGGCAGGGGGAGACACGUUCAAAACAGUCUACUUCUUCCUUCAAGAGUCGCCCCUUCAGUUCAAAGUCUGUGCUAUUUUCCAACUAUCUAUCGAUUUCGGUAGGUCCUCAAUGGACUGAUAGUGUGUCACGUAUUUCAUGUGGUUUUGAUAGCUAUCGUCGUACAACGGCUCUACUUCGGAAACGCCCCGCCUCCGACCGUAUUAGUUGAUGACGAUGAUCUCGAGCAGGCUCUCACAUUAGCGGAGGAAUGAUAUCGCACUGUGUGACGGCCUCCGGAUACGUAUCAGGAACCGGUCCCCUCUUUUACUGCCGGGUAUCUAUAUUUACAUAACACGGUUAGUAAACGUUCCUGUAUCAAGCGGAGGGAGGUUAAUCACAACUGUUACCUUCAUACCCCUGCUUUUUAGCCCUGGACUGGGGCAGCAGCCGGAAGUGAAGCGUUCGCC